AUCAGAUAUAUAGAAAAGUAGAAGAAACCUUAAAUAAGGUACUACCCUCAAGAAAAGGAAAAAAGAAAGAGGAAGAACCUCCUAAAAAUCAACCACGAAAAAUGGAUCUCAAUUGGAGAUUAGAACAAAUAAAUAAAACCUACAGUUAUACCCAAGGUUUAACUGAAGAAGAAAUAGAAGAAUAUCUUGAAUCAAUACAAAAAGUAACAAAAAUUAAGGAUACUGACAAACCUGCAAAAACACGAAGAGAAUACUUAUAUGAAGUAUUAUCAACAUUAAAUGAAACAAAUGAUGCAACAAUAUGGAAAUAUCGAGAUGAUAUAAAAGAUCUUCAAGAAGAAUAUAAUAGAGAUAUUCAUGGAAUAUUAGGCAUAACUGCUAAAGAAUUCAAUGAUAUGGGACUUAUUGAACAGCAAGCAGCAGUAACUGCGUUAAUAACAGCGCAAGCACACUGUAAAGAUGAACCUACAAAACAAGCAUUAUUUGAAAAACACAAAGAAUUCUUAGAAUUUCAAUUGGAAAAAGUAGGAGAUAUGCAUGAUGAUACAGAAAUUCAAGGGAGAAUUUAUGGAGAUGUCAUCAAUGCAAGAAAAAAGAAAAAACCACAAAUAUUACUGCCCGAUCCAGAAAGAAGAAGUACUUACAAACCAUACGAACAAUAUGAUGUACCGAGAGAUAAACAAUUUAUUAAAGAAAAUGAACAAAUUGGAAUAAGAAUACCACACUCACCUACAGAUGAUAUAUUCUUAGAUGAAAGAUUAUCACAAGCCUCUAGAAGGAAUGAAGACAUCCCUCAAGGAGUAUUACCAAAAGUAACAAAAUUUCUUGGAGAUGUAGAACAAGGAAUUAAAAAUAAAUUCACAUCUAGACCAACGACACCUUCACCACUGACACCCACACCUACUAUUGAAAAUAGUAACAAUACAAUUGAUCGAAAAAGAAAUAAAAGAGGCUAUACACCAUCACCAGAUUCUUAUAAAAGAAAACAACAAAGAUACAAAAGCCCAAGUCUUAGUUCAAAACAUACAGACCAAAUUUCUAAUGAAGAAAUAGAAGAAAUAGAAAUACCAUAUUACGAUAAUAUACAUAAUGAAGGACAAUCCUCGACCUAUAGACCAGUACAUGAAGCACAAUUAGAAGCAGAUUUAGAAGAGCACCGAAUUGAAAGAUUUGGACAAGAAGUUGAAAGUCAACUCAAAGAAAAUAAAGAAGGAUAUGGAAUAAAAGAUGAUGAAGAAUAUAAUCAUAUUUUAAAUAAUCUAACUAUAAGACAAAAAAGAAAAAUAUUACCUACCAUUAUUAAAACAAAAAAGGAAAAGAUAUUCAAAAACGGAAUAGUAGAGACCCCUAUACAAUUAGCAGCUAAAGGGCUGGCUAUACAACAAGGACGACCAAAUAGAGAUUACAUAUUAGCAAUGAAUAUUAGUAAUAAAAAUAUUCAAAUAAAACAAAAAUAUGUAGAUGAAUUUAGAGAAAAACAAGAAAUGAGAACUUCCAUAAAUAAUAAUGUAAUUCCUGAUAUUAAAUUUGUAUUGAAUAAAAAAGAACACGAAAUUCCUGAAAAUGAUAAAAAUCAAGGAAUAAGAAAAUAUACAGUAAAAGAAGAAAAAAUUAUUAAAGAAUUAUGUGACGACUUAGAAAAAAAUGAUGUUAUAUACCCUGAAUAUAGCAAAUGGGCAAGUAAUGUACAAAUAAUAACUAAAAAAGAUGGAAGAAAAGCUAUAGUAAUAGACUAUAGAAGACUAAAUAAACAUUUGGUAAAAUUUAAACAACCAUUACCAAAUACAAUGCAAUUCUUACAAGAUAUCAGUAGAUAUAAAUACUAUACAACAAUGGAUUUAAAAUCAGCAUAUUGGCAACUAAACGUACACCCGAAAUCUCAAAAAUAUACAGCAA